GCCAACGCAGACAUCUUGGCGACUAGUCAGGAUUCGGCUGAACUUGCUCUCAAACAACCUUAUUUCUUCCUCUCGGGAGACUCGAGGCGUUCAAGAUCAGGAGAUCGGUUGAAUGACUGCCCUUGACUGCCCUUUCUUGCCUUGCUGGAGCCAAUCAUUGUCACUGAGAGCCAUCUGAGCAUGUGGACAUCUUUCGCACACAAGGUUGCAACUCUUCAGCCCUCCGCCGACCACUCCGCCGACUCGGUGGUCCUCGUUUGGCUCUCCUCAGAACUUCGGUCUCUAUCAACUCUGGCUUUGACCUUUUGAGCGUGGAGAAAUUGAGAAGAACCAAACAACGUCGCUUCAAUCAAGGCAAAGCAAGUAUCAGCCCAUCGCCACCCUUGCAAAGACAACCUUACACAGAUCCAGCAUCUGCAUUCACACGCCACAAUGUCCGCCAUCACCUCCCGGGUGGUCAUCGACCAUUACUCAGCCCUCGCCCGAGAAAACGACACCAGGAACGCAGAGCACAUCAAAAAAGUCGCCGAGUCCUUUGGUUAUUCCGCAGAAGACCUGGCUGGCAUCCCAGAAGAAGCAAACUUGGGGGUCAGCUGCGGUAAUCCGCUUGCUGUUGCAGGUUUGAAAGCUGGCGAGACAGUCAUCGAUCUUGGCUCCGGAGCAGGCUUCGAUGUCUUCCAAGCCGCUCGCAAAGUCGGGCCAACUGGCCUCUCAAUCGGGGUAGAUAUGAGCCAAGACAUGCUCUCUCGCGCCGAGAAGAACGCCUCCAAGGCAUCCAUCACGAACGUCAAGUUCGUGCUCUCACCCAUCACGAAGAUCCCUUUGGAGUCUGAGAGCGCAAAUUGCAUCAUCAGCAACUGCGUCAUCAACUUGCUUCAACAAGAUGAGAAGCCUGUCUGUUUUGGGGAAGUCUAUCGUCUGCUGAAACCAGGUGGGCGGCUGGCGGUUAGUGAUAUACUAGCCAAGAAGGAGUUUACGGAGGAGUUGAAGAGGGACAUGGGACUUUAUGUGGGGUGUAUUAGUGGUGCAAGUUUGGUGAGUGAGUAUGAGGGGUGGUUGAAGGAGGCCGGGUUUGAAGAUGUCUUAAUCGUCGACAAGAAGAGUGACCUCAAUAUCUAUAAGGAGAGGAACAAGGGCGGGGAAGAAUCUUCGUGUUGUGGUACGGCUGACGAAAAAGAACCGGCGGCGUCUUCUUGUUGUGUUCCAUCUGGGUCGUGCCGCUCCACCUCUGCCGAGAAAACGAAGUCAGAGAAAGAGGAGUUGGCGAAGAGAGUUGCCAAUAUCGAUUUCAAUGAGUGGGUCAGCUCCUUCAGCAUCUAUGCCGUCAAACCCGUGGCCAGCACUUAAACAUGUCCUUCUUUUCGUUUGUUAUCGUCUCGGAAACUGCCAAUCCAAAAUUCGUUAAUGAACUAUGUAAUGACUAACAAAAUUUUAAGUAUUGAGGAUGAGAAAUCACAAAAAUAUUUCUUCUAAGUAGUACCAUCGUAAACGAUAUAACAAAAAGCCAAGAUCCUC